GUUAGGAAGUAUUGUGGACUGAGGGAGUCAGAGGGGCAGGUGGAGUGAGUGACCAGAUCAAGUUUAAUGCCGAGAAAAACAAAGUGAUGCAUUUUAGAAGGAAGAGUGAGGAGAAACAAUAUGAAAUAAAAGUCACAUUGUAAAAAGGGAUUGCAGGAACAGCAAGGCAAGAAGCUUUACAUGCACAAAUCUUUGAAGGUGGAGCUAUGUCUCUAUUCCAUCAGCAUCAAUGGGUCAAAAUCUGAGAAUUCCCUUCUGCAGAGCAUUGUUGGUAUAACCAUAUCCAAAGGACUGCAGUGGUUUGUGAAGACAAGUUGUCAAUACAGGACAGUUAGAGCUAUAUUUUAUGGACCAAGGGGUAAGAAAGGUGAAACUGGACCAUCUGGACCACCUGGCCCUAAAGGUGACAAUGGACAACCAGGUGACAUUGGGUGGAGGGGUCGCAAUGGAAUGGAUGGGGCACCAGGUGCACCAGGGUCUCCUGGAAGACCUGGUAAUGCUGGAUGGCCAGGACCACAGGGACUACGCGGUCAUCCAGGUACAAGAGGUGUGAAUGGACGCAAUGGUGUACCAGGACAUAAAGGACCCCCAGGAAUGCCCGGACCAAGAGGACUGGUUGGUCCAAAUGGACCUCCAGGUCCCAUGGGAGAGAAAGGUGAUCCUGGCCCAAUGGGACCCAGUGGACCAAAUGCCUUUUUGGUAUCGACUGCAUUUUCUGCUGUACUUGACACCAACAAUCCUCCAUCUGGCAUACCAAUUGUUUGGCAGAGAACAAUCUUUAAUGGGGAUGGAGAUUACCAGCCUGAGACAGGCAUCUUCCUAACGAGGAUACCUGGUAUUUAUCGUUUCCAUUACAUUCUCCAAGUAUAUUCAAUGAGUGCUUAUGUAGUUUUCAAAAUAAAUGAUGCUAUUGUCUGGAGCACCUUCCAACCUUUUAAUUCCUAUUAUGAAGUUGCAUCAGGCGGUUUAGUAGUAAGUCUGAACCAUGGAGAUCGAGUUUGGUUAGAGAUAAUUGAUAACUGCAGUGGCAUAUGUAACGUGUGGAACUACAGUGUGGAAUGCAUUGCCUGCAAGUGUGGUGGAGGCAAAUUCAAGAACGAGAUUCCAGAGGGCCGUGGAAUCGAAACAACUGGGGAGAAAGCAGGAGAUUGA